UCUCGAAGUCUUUCUCCUUUGGAUGCAACUCCACCGAAAUGUCCAGCUAUCGCAUCGACAGACCUUAAAUCACCGAAAAUUCCUGAUCGUAUCCUUCCCAUAGGUCAAGUUGCAUUUAUGAGUCCCUUGCAUCGGGUGGUGGAAACACCUGAUCGUUCUCGUGUCUUCCUAUUGGUGAAAAGGACGAGGGGUGAACUACAAUUGGUUGACUGGUUAUCUGACUACCUACAAGGAAGAAUACGGGUUCUUCUUUCCAACAAUUCGGUUGGACUAAAAAAUAUAGGUCAUGCUUUGAAGCAUCUUGAUUGGUGCAAAGUAAGAUCUUCACGAAUUUUGGAAAUGGUUGAGAAGUGCUUAGACCAACCAAUUGAAAAUCAGAAAAAUGAAUAUAAUUCUUCUUCGAAGUCAAUACAAAGUGAAUCUUCGUCCGGGCCUAGCAAUUUUUCCAAUGAAUCAUCUCUGGGUAAACUUCGAAUAGGAGGCAUGAAGCAAACUAAUCCCCCGCAAAACAAUUUGAUCAGAAGUUCUAAAGUUUUCCCAUCCCCUCUAUUAACUCCAACAGUUCUUUUGAGCAGACAUCCUCUCUGCAUAUUGCCAAUGAUAUCUAAAAGUCGAUCCAAUGACCAACUCGAAUUUGUGAAAAACGCCACCAAUGGAACAGAGGGCUCGUUUGACCACGUAUGCAAUAAUAGCAUUCAAGUUUUUCUACUACCAGAAAGACGGUCAAUUCUAUGGGCCGCUCAGUUGGUUUCAGUGGUAUCGUGGCUUCACGAUCAUCAUAUUAUGUUAAGACAUUUAGAUAGGUCUAGUGUUUAUCUAACCAACCGUGGACAAAUUGAAAUCGAUUACUUUUUCCGUUGGACUGAUUCGGAUCAGGCAAAUGAAGAGGAAAAUCCAACGACUUGUGCGCCGGAACUUCUGAUUGGUGAUUUGUCGUGUGGUUUUCUUUGUUCGAGAUCAUGGGAGAAAUGCGUGGCCUGUGAUUGGUGGUCAGUAGGGGUUAUUCUCUACGAAGUCUUUACUGGAAUUCAACUUACUGAAGCUUAUCCUCGUGGAUUGUCGUGUAAUGAGCCUUUGCAAUUACCACCUACACUAUCGGCUUAUGUUAGAGACUUUUUGUCAAAGCUUCUGAAGCUGAAUCCGAACGAACGACUAUCUGGGUCCGCUGUGAAAGAGCAUCCAGUGUUCUCGUUUGUUGAUUGGAAUUUUAUUGGAGAAAGUGACCUUCAGUAG